UUUUUUCCCAUAAAUUUUUGUUCCCUAAAAACUGCACCAACCCCUGUCGAAUAAGCCUAAAUCGUUGUCUUUGAACGAAACUGUUUUAUUUUCUUCCAUUUCAGGUAAAACAUGGCCGUGAAACUCUCAUCACACAUCCGCUGGUUGUAUUCCUUCUUGACCGCAAGUGGAGCAUGUAUGGCCGAAAACUAUUCUACAUCAAACUUUUUAUAUUUUUGAUAUUUCUGCUGUUCUUGACUGGCUACGUUAUCAUGGCAACGCCGAGCCAGGGAGGUACUGACGUGGACGGAGAAUUGGUGAAUUGCACCCUUAAUGAAGAUAGUGGGACUGUUGCAUUUGACGUUUUCGUGGAUAGUGGAAGAUACGUGCUCCUUAUCUUGGCUUGUCUUCAUAUUAUAUUUGAGGUAAAUGUAUGACUGUGUUUCCACUUGUUGUAAAAUUCGAGAAAUGAACAGAAUGAUAUUAUAAAUUCUGGUCAAAAGAACGGAAUUAUAUAAUUUAUACUGGAUAUCUUUAUCAGUUCUGUCUAAAUAGAGAGGCCCAUUUGUAUUAAUAAUGGACCAUUUGUAUUAUAGACUAAAUUUUGAUCUAAACAAGUCUAGACAAAGAUUUGACAGCAGCUUGAAAGAGCAUCACAAUAUCAGUAAUAUUCCAAAGUUUCGUUGCGAAAUGUUGUAAAAUGUGGAUAAUAUAGCCUUGCGAAGUUUGCCGUUUUUCAGUCAUUUUCUAUUACAAACGGGAAAUUGACAGCCCCAAAGGGUAUUGGGCUAUCAAUUCCCCCCGCGUAUAAUUCAAAAUGACUGAAAAACGGCAAACUUUGCAAGGCUAUAUUAUCCGUAUUUUACAACAUUUCGCAACGAAACUUUGGAAUAUUACUAAUUUUGUGAUGCUCUUUCAAGCUGUGAUGAAAUUUUUGUCUGGACUUGUUUAGAUCAAAAUUUAGUCUAUAAUGCAAAUGUCCAUUGUGGUGUUUCAACUCGGGUAAAGUUAUUGAGACGAUGCUAUUCUUCUUUGGCUUGCAAGUUCAAUACUGGAAUAGUUAACCCCGCGAUUCUAAUUACAAUUUUACUUCUUUCACUCUGUAGCUGUUCCAGAUGGUCUAUCAGCGAUUGCAUUAUUUCACAGACUACACGAACUAUUUUGAAGUGACGAUGUAUGUUUCCACUGUAGUUUAUGUCUCUGCAGAUUUCGAUCUUUCCUUUGUCUCCGAAUCUGACGUGCUGUCUGGUGCAAGGUAA